GUCCCCUCUCUCGCCGCUGGAGCGCGCCGGAAAGGUUUGGCGACAAAGCGGUCGGGUGUGAAAGGAAUCAGUCAGCGAGGGGAGGAGUCGACCAUAUAGGCGUGGAAUCAACACCACCAGUAGUCAAAUCAGGCCUCAAGCUGCUGUUCAAGUGUCAAGUCAGGUCAGGUCAGUAAACAAAAGCUCAUGUGCGCACGCGUUUCGACUCGUGCUUGUAUCGUCAAGUGUGUGCGGACGGAGCCAAUAAGCGAGCGGGGAAGAAGUCAUGGACCCCCACCAAAACCUGAUGACACAAGGUAUAUAAGAAGAAAGGAAGACGAUGAUAGAUGCUUCAAGUCUGUGUGACCCAUGGCGGCUACAAAUGUCGUCGUCGUCGGGUAAGUAGACGCAUGACCUCAGCAUGGGAGACUGCUCUCUCUCUUUCUCAUACACACACACUACCCAUGCUAAUCCAGAUCGCAGUGCUGGCGUGCUGGGGCUCUCUACCGCUCUGGUGCUCUCCAAGCACAGCAACCUCAGUGUGACUGUCGUGAGCAAGCAUAUGCCAGGUGACUACGAUAUCGAGUAUGCUUCUCCAUGGGCUGGAGCAAACUACUUUCCCGUCGGCAAGCCGGGUUCCAACCUGCAGAGAUUCGAAAAGGCCACAUGGAGUGAGCUGGAUAGACUAUGCCGUGAGGUGCCCGAAGCAGGCAUCCACUACCAAGAGACCAAGGUCUAUGGUAGAAAGAAAGAUGCUGGUACAGCCACUGGCCAGUGGUUCGAAGAGCUGACCAAAGAGGACGCGUGGUUCAAGAAUGUCGUGCCCAAUUUCCGCGUCCUCUCCAAGUCAGAACUCCCAUCAGACUGCGACACGGGCACCGUCUUCACAUCAGUCUGUAUCAACACGGCCGUCUACCUCCCCUGGAUUUUAGGCCAAUGCGUCAAGAACGGCGUCAUCAUCAAGAGAGGCAUCCUCUCCCACAUCUCUGAAGCGGGUGGCCUCCACUCGUCUGGGCACGCCAGCAUCAUCGUAAACUGCACCGGACUCCUAGCCUCCCAACUUGGCGGUGUUAUGGAUAGCACAGUCUACCCAGGACGAGGUCAGAUAGUGCUAGUGCGAAACGAUCCAGGCGUCAUGCUCACCGUGAGCGGUACAGACGACGGCUCAGAGGAAGCAACCUACAUUAUGCAGCGGGCUGUUGGAGGCGGGACCAUUCUUGGCGGCUGUCUCCAGGCCGGAUCUUGGGAAUCACAGCCUGAUGCCAACCUUGCGCAGCGUAUCAUGCAACGGUCCAUCGACCUGUGUCCCUCUCUUGCCCCAAAGACGGGGAAAGUCACGGAGCUAAGUGUUAUUAGACAUGGUGUGGGCUUGCGGCCGAUGAGGACAGGGGGGCCGAGGGUAGAGAGGGAGAAGAUUGGGGGGGGUUGGGUGGUGCACAACUAUGGCCAUGCGGGAUAUGGCUAUCAGAGUGGAUGGGGAAGUGCGUGGGAGGCUGAGAAACAGGUGUUGAGCAUUGUAGAGCACGUCACAACAGGGACGACGAGGGCAAAGCUGUAGACCAUGUUGACAGCAUACUGCAAGACUAUGUAGUAGAUGUUGACCAUGCUCCCUGUUUGGACAAGCGUGCGGGAAUCCCAAUGCCAGAUGAAAGCGUUGGGCAAUGUGGGUCACGAGGGCGGUGGCGAGAUUCUACCGAGCGCAUCGUCAAUCCCCGGACGGUCAUUUGCUCGACGGAAGAGGUGGCAUUGCUCGGGUUUUCUCCAGAUUUGUGUGCGGAGGACAGGUGAAAGCGCACUUCUUCGGGCUUGGCCUGCAUCAAGUACUGGCCAGCUUGUUGGUCAGCCGUCGCAAGCACCCCCCCACAAGAGGCGCGCACCUGGCCUAGCGGCUCCAAGCCCGAUCCCGGCCUGCUUUCAUCAUCGCCUGUCCCAGAAAUUUUGACCUUCUUGACUCACCCAGGGAAUUACAAGCCCGGCCAUUCAAAUACCCGCCUACACCCU